UACGGAAGUAUCGAAGGCGGAAGUGAUAAACAGGCUGGCGGAUGAUCCUAAUGUUGAGUUUCUUCUGAACACAGACGGAAGAAUUGUCCGUUUCCCCGGUGGAGCUUCAGCAGAGAGUCCCGCUCAUGAUGGAGGACUGUAACCCAGAGUCAGUGGCGUCUCCAGCGGGGCAGAGCUCCGGCAGGUCCAAGCUGGACACUCUGUCUAAAGAAGAUCUGAUAAAGUUUGCAAAGAAGCAGAUGGUGGCGAUGCAGAAGAUGAAGAGCAAGUGUGCAGAUCUGGAGCAGCAGCUGGAGGUGCAGAAGCGCGGGCCGGUCAGUGAUCCCGCAGACUCCUCCAUCAUACAGGAGCUGACGGAGCGGAUGGAUGCUUUACUGCUGGAGAAAGCCGAGAGUCAGCAGAGCCUGGGGUUACUGCGCAGAGAACACCAGGAGCUCCGCCAGCAGGCACAGGACACAGCGGGAAGAUUAGCAGCUCUUCAGGAGGAGCUGGACUUAAAGAAUAAAGAGCAUGCAGAAAUGCAGAAGCACAUGGUUGAGCUCACGGCUGGCUUUAAGACCACCUGUAGCGAAUACGAGUGCAGGAUAUCCCAGACUCAAGCAGAGCUGGAGGCAGCCCAGCAGCAAAUCAUGGCGGCCACAGAUUCCCAGCAGAAGAGCCUGACUGAGGCACAGCAGGAGGUGGAGAACCUGCAGGCGGAGAUCCAGAGGAUGACCAGCCAGUAUGAGGAGGACCUGCGCUUUCUGGAGGAGCAGAUGGAGCUCAACAACGCAGACUUCCAGAGGGAGCGCGAGCGGCUGCUGCUUCUGCAGGAUGAGUUGUCGGAGCAGCUGGAGCAGAAAGAGGGAUUCCUGCAGGACGUCCAGGAGGAGGAGGAGGACAGCAGACCUCCGCAGCAGACUGCAGACCUCCCAGCAGAAGACCAGCUGAGACCCGCCCUGGAGGAGCACCUGCAGACACACAACAUGAUGCUGCAGGAAGAGCUGGUGCUGCUCCAGAACGUCAAGCUGGAGCUGGAGUCUGAGCUGAAGCAGGUGCGGGAGGAGUUCUCCGUGGAGAAGGAGGAGCUGGAAUUCAGGAUCAAUGAGCUGCAGAUGAACAAGGACACGGGCGGAGAGAUGUGCAGUGCCUCUGAAGAAGAAGAGUCCCAAAACAAAGAUCUGCAGCAAGCAGAAGCCUGCCUCAGUGUUGAGAGAGGUAGGCAAGAAGACGAGCAGGAAAAUGAGCAGAAGGACAUGCUUCAAAAAAGACAAGAAGUCAGGCAAGACAAUGAAAAAGAAGACAGGCAAGAAGAUGAGGUGGAAGUUGGGCAAGAUGACAGGCUUAAAAACAGGCAGGAAGAUGCACUUGAAAACAAGAAAGAAGUCGCGCAAGAAUUAGUGCAGGAAGAUGGGCUUGAAAACAGACAAGAUAUCAAGCAAGAGGUCAGGGAAGAAGGGGGGCUUGAAAACAGGCAAGAAGAAGGGCUUGAAGAUGGACACAUCAGGCAAGUUGUUGAGCAAGUCGAUAGGCUAGAAGACAGGCUUAAAAACCACCAAGAAGACGGGCUCAUCGCUGACAAGUUGCAGGACCAACUCUCUGUGGAGAGCCUGACAGUCAAGAACAUCAUCCUGAAUCAGGACAUGGACCUGAAAGACAAAGCAAAGCACUUUAUAAAGCAGUACAGAUCCAUUAAGGAGGAAUUGGCGGCAUCGCUUCUGGAUCUGCAGGAACGGUUGAAGAGUGUCCUCCAGGAACAGCACAGUCCCUCAGGGCCCAGCACAGAUAAUGGAGGACUCAACCUGUCCUUAGAGGACCUGUGGAGCAGAAAUGAAGGAAUCCUUGUAAAUCUGCAGCAUGAGGAGACCCUGGUAAUGGAGAUGCUGGAGCUGAUGGGCUGUGGAACAGAGUGUGGGCCGUUCCAUAAGCAGGAGGGUCUGAUGGAGGAUGAGCGUGUACACCACCUCCAGGAGGAGAUCUCCACUCUUCAGGCCCUGCAGCAGGAGAGUGGAGAUGUGAUCAGACUGCUGAAUUCUCAGAUCCAGAGUCUCUCAGAAGAGAAGAGCAACCUUCAGGAGCAUCUCUCUGCCGUUCAGUGCCGCAUCGCUGAGAUCCUGCAGCAGAGCUCAGGCCAGGCCGAGACAGUUGCAUCUGACAUCUCCACACUGGUGGAGCAGCUCUGGAGGCGGUGUGUGGAGAAGCAGGCUCUGCUGAGCCAGCGGGCAGAGGAGCAGGUAGAGCAGCUGAGGGCAGAGCAGCUGAAGGUGGAGCUGGACAGCAUGAGACGGGUGGUGGAGGAGCAGUCACUGCUGAGCCAGCGGGCAGAAGAGCAGGCAGAGCAGCUGAAGACAGAGCAGCUGAGGGCAGAGCAGCUGAAGGUGGAGCUUGAUAGCAUGAGGCGGACGGUGGAGGAGCAGGCACUGCUGAGCCAGCGGGCAGAGGAGAAGGCAGAGCAGCUGAAGGUGGAGCUUGAUAGCAUGAGGCAGACGAUGGAGGAGCAGGCUCUGCUGAGCCAGCGGGCAGAGGAGAAGGCGGAGCAGCUGAAGGCAGAGCAGCAGAGGGCAGAGCAGCUGAAGGUGGAGCUUGACAGCAUGAGGCAGGCGGUGGAGGAGCGUGAGGUGGAGCAUCAGACCCGCACACAUGAGCUCCAGCAGGAGAGGGACAUGCUGAAGGCCAGUCUGGCAGAUGUAGUGAUGGACACAGAAGGACUACAGAAAGACCUGAGCCAAGUGCAAACCAUGAACGAGAAGCUGAGUACAGAAAACCUCCGUCUGCUGGCCCAGGUCUCUGAACUAAGUAGCCGACUGGAGGAGGAGCGAACGGAGGUGUCUGAUGAACCCGACUUAACGGUUCCCCAGGCAGACGAGCUCCAGCAGGCUCUCGCUGACAGAGACACUCUAAUAUCUCAGCUCAGAGAAGAAGUCGGACAUCUACAGAAGUGUCAGGAGUCUCCUGUGUCUGACGGAAGUGAAAAGCUCACAGCAUUAUCUGAAGAACUGGAAAAACUGAAGAAAGAAAGCAAAGACAAGGAUGAGCGCAUGAACAAAAUCAAAGCUGUCGCCGUCAAGGCUAAAAAGGAACUGGACAACAGCAAGAAGGAGGCGCUGGGCCUGAGGGAGGAGGCGGAUCAGCUGAGGGCGGAGCGGGACCGAUUGUCUCGCUCUGUGAAGGACAUCAUCCACGGGGCCGAGGACUACAAGAACCUGAUGGUGGAUUAUGACAAGCAGACUGAGCUGCUGGAUCAGGAGAAGGAGAAGCUGGAGCAGGCGGAGAAGCACAGUGAAGAUUUAAGCAGACGGCUCCAGCACACCCUGCAGCAGACCGAGCUGCUGUCGUCUGAGCGUGAGGAUCUGGCAACCCGCGUGGAGACGCUGCAGAGUAACGUGCGGCUGCUGGAGGCGCAGAUUCUGGAGCUGCAGAAGCAGAAGAGCAGCCUGGAGAGAGAGCUGGAGGCGGAGCGGCUCAUCCGGGAGCAGAAGAGCAGAGAGCAUGUGUGUGCGGUCCAAGAGCGGGAGGAGCUGCAGGCUCAGCUCAACACACACACACUUCAGCUUCAGAACACAGCACAGGAGCUGGAGCAGUUGAGAAAGGGUGCUCAGCAGAGCAGUCUGCUGGACAUGGAGAUGGCGGACUAUGAGAAACUGGUGCGGGAGCUGAACCUGCAGCUGAGCGAGCGCGAGCGGCUGAUGGAGGAGACACACACACACCUGCGCACGCAGAAGGAGCGCGAGCAGCAGCAGAGCCAGGAGAUCGACUCCCUGAAGCUGCUGCUGGAGCAGGCGGAGGAGAAAUCCUCCAAGAUGAAGCAGCUGCUGGUGAAGACUAAGAAGGAUCUGGCGGACGCUAAGCAGAGUGAAGCGGCUCAGAUGAGCAGCCAAUCAGCACUCAGAGGAGAUCUGGAGGCCCAGCAGCAGCAGCUGGAGGAGUAUAAGAUCCAGUGCAGUGAGCUGACAGCGGAGCGUCACCGUCUGCAGGAGCAGCUGAGGCUGGCGGGAGAGCAGCAGCACCGGGCGUCCAGCUCCUAUCAGCUGACUGUGAGCGCACUGCAGGACCAGCUGACCGCCGCACAGGCUGAUCUGCAGUCCAGUGUGUGUGAGUUUGAGAGUUAUAAGGUGCGCGUCCACAAUGUGCUGAAGCAGCAGAAGCACCGCAGCGCCGGACAGAGUGACAGCGACACCUACAGGCAGGAGAGAGAGCAGCUGGAGGCAGUGCUGCAGCAGCUGCGCAGUCGUCUGCAGGAGACGCAGCUGAGCCUCCAGAGCAGCACAUUAGAGCUGCAGCAGCUGCAGGCGGAGCACGACACACUGCUGGAGCGACACAACCGCAUGCUGCAGGAGAGCGUCAGCAAAGAGGCAGAGCUGAGGGAGAGGCUCCUGUGUCUGCAGUCAGAGUGUGUGUCUCUGCGGUCGGAGCACAGUCAGUGUGCGUCACACCUGUCGGCUCAGACUGAGGCUCUGCGCAGCGGCUUCCGGGAGCAGACACGCCACCUGCAGGACGAACACUGCCGCACACUGGACACACUGCAGCAGCAGAUCAGCCGGCUGCAGACACAGCUCUUCCAGAUGCAGAAGGAGCCCGCCAGCACAGGCACAGCGCAGGGCCAGGCCGGCAGGAGGAGUGUGGAGCGGAGGCUGGAGGGGUCUCAGGUGGAGCUGCAGGCGCGGGAGGAGGGAGAGGGGAUGGAGACGAUUGAGACGGAGCCGUUGACCUCCACCGGGACGACACCACCCUCACUGGAGCAGCUGCUGAACACGGCACACGUCAAACACGAGCCUGUGGUGUGGCAGGAGGAGCCCAGUAUAGAGGAGCUGCGGCUGAAGCUCAGUACAGCGAGCCGCAGUGUGGAGCACCUGAGCAGCCUCCUGCACGAGACUGAGGCCACGAAUGCUGUGCUGAUGGAGCAGAUCACUCUGCUGAAGAGUGAGCUGCGGCGUCUGGAGAGGAAUGAGCAGCGGGAGAGGUCCGUGGCUAAUCUGGAGUACCUGAAGAACGUCCUGCUGCAGUUCAUCUUCCUGCGCGCCGGCACCGAACGCCAGGCCCUGCUGCCCGUCAUACACACACUGCUGCAGCUCAGCCCUGACGAGAAGAACAAGCUGGCGGCCAUCGCUCAGGGUGGGGGUGAGGAGGAGUCUGCAGGGUCUCGAGGGUCCGGCUGGUCUUCAUAUCUGCACAGCUGGUCCGGCAUCAGAUGAUCCACACACACGUCGAUCAGCGAAUAUGAAACUCAGAGUGUGUUGUGUGUCGUGGGAAUGCUGCUGGUUGUUGUUCUGUAAACUCCUCUGGUGUGUGUGCGUGUGCGUGUGUGUGUGCGUGUGCGUGUGUGUGUGCGUGUGUGUGUGUGUGUGUGUGUGUGAGAUGAAGAUGUUUUCUCCACAGCUCAGUCCAGACGUGUGCUCAUCUGUGUGUGAGAAUGGACCAAUCACUGCGCAGCUGCACUAAUAAACACUCUUCACUGCA